UUCAGAGGACAAGAUGAAUUGAGAUAAGCAAAUCAUCAGCAUCUUGGAAAGCCACUGAUCCAAAUCAGAUGUUUUGAGAAUGAGUUGCUCUUUUGUCAUAAAGAACAUGUAACUUUUUACAACUCUCAACUGCAUCUGAAUCAGUAGCAGUGUCUGUAGCAGGUUAAAAAGAUUGACUUGGUCUUCCAAAAGCUGUGUUUUCCUGACAGUGCUGUCUGAGCACCUGCAGUCCUCAACAGUGGCAUCCAGUGCCAUUGGAGUAAAGCUCUUUUCAUUGUCUGCCCUACUUGUUAGUUUGGCAGCUAUGGAAGUGAAGGGAGAAGGAAGAAUGCAUCUAAGAUGACACAGAAAUCCAGUAUAGCUAGCAGUAUUCCUGUAAAUUAAUAAGGCAUAAUGAGUCCUAAUGAAUUAUGGGGCAGAAAGCAUAUAUUUAAGCUUUUCCAGCAGGCAUAAACUAGACACCCUGACCAAAGUACACAAUCAUUUGAUUGGUACAAGAAGAUCAUGGGGAUCCAGGUACUAAUGUAGGAAAGGAGGAAGAGAGAGAUCUAGUUAAUCAGUAAUUCCUGGCCAUAAUGCAGGUUUGAACAAACAAUACAGUCUCUCAACAGUAAGGAGAGUAUCUCAGCUUCAACAAUCCUCAGCAAUAGUAUAUUGUUCCUUCAUCUCACAAAGAAGAAAAUGAAAAGCAAGACAAGUUUUCUUCCACAAGGAGAGGCACGUCCUUCCAGAUGUCCUGAUAACACUGCCUUCAAACAACAAAGACUACCAGCUUGGAAGCCCCGGCUUAACAUCGCAACCGUGCUCUCCAGCUUCUUUCUCUCAGGUGCUUUCUGCCUCUCUGUUGGAGUCUGCCUCAUACUUUCUGCAAACAGUGUCAGAGAAAUCCAGAUUGAUUAUUCAGCUCAAUGUUCAGAGUGUUCAAAACUCCGUGAAAAUUCCUCUAACUGGAAUAAGGAAUGCACCUGUUCUGCUAAUUUCACUCUAGAGGAGGGUAUACCGGGUGAUGUUUUUAUGUACUAUGGCCUGCAAAACUUCUAUCAAAACCACCGGCGAUUCAUGAUGUCAAGGAGUGACGCACAGCUGCUGGGCCAGAAUGCAAAGAUUCCAAAGAACUGUGCACCCUUUGCCACCUACCGAAAUGGGACACCCAUGGCUCCCUGUGGUGCUAUUGCCAACAGCAUGUUCAAUGAUACUAUUGAGCUCUUCUACAAUUCUAACUCAUCUGCUAUUCCAGUUCCACUGCUGAAGACUGGGAACUGUUGGUGGACAGAUAAAAAUGUGAAAUUUCGCAAUCCAGAAUCAUACAAUCUCUCUUCUGCUUUUGCAGGGACAGCAAGACCUCCUUACUGGCAGAAACCAGUAUAUUCUUUAGAUGAGGAAGAUGAAAGGAACAAUGGUUAUCUAAAUGAAGACUUCAUUAUCUGGAUGCGAGUGUCGGCCUUUCCUAUGUUCCGAAAUCUUUACCGGCGUGUCAGGCGGGUAAGGCAGUUUGCAGAUGGCCUUCCUGCUGGGAAUUACACUUUUUCUAUUUCCUAUAAUUUCCCUGUUACCAAAUUCAAGGGGAGGAAGCAUGUGAUUCUUUCAACCGUGGUAUGGAGUGGAGGAAGUAGCCCAUUCCUGGGAAUUGCCUAUGUGGUUACUGGCUCAGCAGCAACCCUGACAGGUUUUGUGAUUACUGCCAUCCAUUUAAAGCUCAGAAAAAAGAAGACAUACUUUCAGAAGUAAUAAGGUUCCCUGGCUUUCUGGACAAAGGCAAAGGUGUGCAGUGAAAAAGAGCAUGCAGCACACACCUGUCAUUAUUUUCUCUGAGCUCUGAAUCUGCUUCAGUAACAGGUUUGGUGAUCGUAAGCAAAUUGAGGGGUGUCAAUUUGUCAUCCAAACUCAAACUUUCCCUAGGCUGCAUUCUUACCAAUGUAUGUGUGCCCCUAAAUUUGUUUCCUAGGAAACUUGUGGUGUGAUCAACAUCAAACAACAGACAGCAUAGUGGGUUGGAAUUGCAGUGGCAAAGAAAUUAUAUGGCACUAAUGGCUGGCCAGAAGUAAGGGUCUGUCUCAAUUUCAUACUUAGCCCUUAAUUCAGACAAUAUUUCUCUGGAGCUUUGGAUGGGUAAAAAAGUGAGUUCUUGAUCCCACAAAAAGCUUCAUCAGGUGGAAAAAUCUAGUUGUGAGCCAACCAUGCAUGGGUUAAAUAGCUUUAUGUACUUUUUUAAAGCUAUCCUGAAAAGCAACCAAGUUAGCGCAGCCUAUUCAUCCCAGUUUGACACUCAGUUUGUGAUUGAACACAGGGCACUUGUUAGGAGUUUGG